CUUCUCCAUUAAUAUUUCAACAGCAUUUCGUUGAAGUAGAAGUGAUUCCAAUUCAUAACGCCUUUAAGGAUACACACGGAAUAAUCAAUAUUGAUGUGAGAUUAAAAAUGAGUGGGAGAUAUAUGAUUUUAAUGAAGAAAUUGAUUAAAGAUUAUGAAGAUUUUGAGGGUAUUGAAUAUUUAGUUUUGACGUACCAAGAAAAUAUAAAUAAUAUUGACAAAAUUCAAAAAACCCAUACUAUUGAUGACUAUACAAGUACUUGGCAUGACUUGUUCUUGCGUGAACAGCAUCGAGAAAAUUACCAUGGCACCGUUGGAUUGUCAAUCAAAGCAUCCAAUUUAAUAGAGAGCAUAGAGUUUAAAGAGACUCCAAUUAAACCAAAACGAACUUUUGAUGUAGAAGUUACUCAUUCUGGGAAAGAUACAGUCUUGUCUCAUAUCGUUGAAGAAGCUCAAACAUUUAAAGCUUCGAUACAAGUAUUUGCCAAUACCGUAACGGAUUAUUUUGUAUCUUUAGUUAUUGGAUUGGGCUUGCUUAAAUUCUUUGUCUCAAGUUAUGUAUUUAGUUGCAUUUCCAUGUGCACUGGGCUUAGUACACCGACGGCUGUUAUGGUUGGAACUGGUAUUGGAGCGCAAAAUGGAAUAUUAAUUAAAGAAGGAGGCAGGACAAAGGUCACAAAAGUUGUUUCAAUCUUAAUCGUGAUUGUUGGAGCAGCCGAAUCUUCAAGGGAAUAUCCUCUUGGAAGAUUAAAUUGUGAAAUAUGGAAAGCUACAACGACACCACAUCAAAGUCAUUCUGUAUUGAUUGAUGAAGCGAUGAUUAUUAAGGAAUCGCAAGUACUAUUUGGAAGAACCGCCGUAUUGGUGGCUGUUAAUAAAUCAUUUGCAGCAGUUGGGCCUUACGUCGUCGUAUGGAAAAGCUGUCGCGAUGAAUUACUCACAGCACAACACAAUACGAUCUUGCAGAUUGCGAUUCUUGGAGAUGGUAUAGAUCAUUUACCAGAGUCAGCGGCUACAAAAUUAG